AUGUUGAUAAUAACUCUAAGAGAAUAUCCAUUUAAUAUUAUUCGUGAAUUUGGAAAAGAGUAUAUUCGAUUAAGGUGUCCACAUGCACAAUUCACAGAAGCAAAGUCAUCAGAAUCUGAUUACGCAUUAACACAAGGAAGAUUAUCUUUACAACCACUAUCAAAAAAUUAUUUAAAUAAACCAAUUUAUAUUACAUGGGAAAAUGGUCAAAGUGAUAAUGUUAAUUAUUCAAUCCUUAGAUAUGGUUCAAGAUAUAAAGUGAACAAAGAACAGAUAGAAAACAUUAAUAAGCAUCAUUUAAUGGAAGAAGAAUUUUUAAAAUCAAUUAAUAGAACCACAGAAUAUAUUGAAAAUGAAGAAUUAAAAAACGAAUAUGGGUCAUUAGUUGAACCCAUAUAUUGUAGAGUUUCAGACAAAAAAGUGAACACUUUUAUAUUGAAAAGUUUUAUAAGUUUUCAUACACUUAGUCCUUAUUAUAAAACAAUUUUAAAUUGUAUCGAAUUAUUUGACUCAAAUGAAUAUCCAAUUCAAGUCAUACUUCCAGAAAAUGAAGGAGGAGAUGAAGGGUCUGAACAAUGGAUAGAAAAGAUAUUUGCACCACAAUGA